AGGGCAUGUGUUACUUGCAUGAUAGCCCCCUGAAGAAGCAUGGCCGGCUGACCAGCAGUGUGUGUUUGGUGGACAACUGUUUCUCUGUAAAAAUAGCAGAUUACGGACCGCAUCAGAUAUUCAAUCAACUCAAGCCGGACUUCAAAUCUCAAGAAUUUAAAACAGAUUGUUUAUGGCGUGCCCCCGAACACCUGCGUGCCAAGGAUCUACGUGGAAGCAGAGAAGGAGACGUGUACAGCUUUGGAAUAAUUCUACAAGAAGUGUUUUCGCGAGAUUCACCUUUCGGAAACGAGACAGAGACACUCGGCAUCGAUGUUGUCCUAUCCAAGCUUAAACAGGGAGGUAGCGAUCCGCUGAGGCCGAGGUUUGAUGCACCAUCCUCGUUGGAUGCAAUCAAAUCCCUGAUGGCAGAGUGCUGGGCCGAAAAUCCAAAAGAAAGACCUCAAUUUGUGACAGUAAAGAGGGUUCUUAAAGAUAUGGCGGCACGUUUCGGUGCAUCUGGCAAUUUCUUCGAUAACCUUCUUCGUCGUAUGGAGCAGUACGCUAAUAACUUGGAGAAGCUUGUGGAUGAGAAGACCCACCGAGUCCGGGAGGAGAAGAAGAGAACGGAUGAACUCCUCCAUCAGAUCAUUCCAAAGUCUGUUGCUAACCAGUUAAAACUCGGCCUGAGAGUAAAACCUGAUUCAUUUGAGUCGGUAACCGUGUGUUUCACCGACAUCUGCGGCUUCACCACACUAUCGGCCAGAUCAACACCAAUGCAGAUCGUUGAUCUCCUAAACGACUUGUAUUCCUGCUUCGACGACAUCAUCGACGGAUACGACGUUUACAAAGUGGAAACAAUUGGCGAUGCCUACAUGGUCGUCUCGGGAUUACCAGUACGGAACGGAGAUCGCCAUGCGCCCGAGAUCUCCCGAAUGUCCCUGUCUCUCCUCCGUGCAAUAGACACCAUCAAGAUCCUACAUUUGCCGGAUGAAAAGCUUCGUCUCAGAGUUGGCAUUCAUUCUGGUUCUGUGUGCGCCGGCGUCGUAGGACAAAAGAUGCCACGCUACUGCUUAUUCGGCGAUACCGUUAUUACUGCCUCUCGGAUGGAAUCUCACGGAGAAGCCUGUAAAAUCCACAUAAGUGUGGAUACUAAGAAUAUCUUGGAUCGAUGUGGCAUCUUUAUCAUCGGGUCGCGUGGAAGUAUUGAAGUCAAGGGCUUGGGAUCCAUGAACACAUACUGGUUACUUGGGGAGAAAGUAUGGAACAGAUGACAGCAGACUUUGAACGAAUGUGGAUGGAAACAGGACUGUUCUCCAUAUUCGAAUCGACUAAGUCUACAGUGAGCCACGGGUUGGAAUCACGAAUAUUGGCAUCAAGACUGUAUCAUUGUAUUGUUCUUUUUAUUGGGCUAACCAUAUUGUAUUUUACCUUCGGAAUAGCUGGCAAUGAAUACGAGUAAACCUUGUAUAUAAUACCUGGCUCUUACUGACUUAGUAUAUAUGUAUGUUCCUCUGGUCGAGAAAGUAUCACUAACAUAUACUUGUUUAUUUUACUACAAAACACUUUAUUUCCCACCCGUCUGACAUGGGGCGAGCGAAUCACUACAUUAUCACGUUAAUGUGUAUAAAUAUACAAUUUCCUCCAUGUAUAGAACGGAGGAGUUUAUCAGGGUGAGGUUCUAAGUGACCUUGUCCACCAUCCGCUG